AUGGCGGCGGGCGUGAGGGCGGAAGUGUGGUGCGGCUUCCGGUGCGCUGACAAACUGCUGCCCACAGUUCCCACACCCGGGCGGAGAGCGCAGCGGCAGUCAGUCAGUGUGUAUCUGGGAGACAAGAUGGCGUCUGCGGCGGCGAAGCAGAUAGCGGCGGAGCAGGUGGUGGCCGGGUUCAAUCGGCUGAGACAGGAACAGAGGAGCUUGGCUUCCAAAGAAGCAGAACUUGAGAUGGAGCUAAAUGAACACACGUUGGUCAUUGAGACCCUGAAAGACGUGGACCCGAGCAGGAAAUGUUACCGCAUGGUUGGGGGGGUCCUGGUGGAGCGGACUGUUAAGGAAGUGUUACCGGCUCUGGAGAACAACAAGGAGCAGAUUAAUAAAAUCAUUCAGUCGCUCAGCACGCAGCUGCGGGACAAAGGGCGCGAACUGAACGAGUUCCGGGAGAAACACAACAUCCGCCUCAUGGGGGAGGAGGAGAAGCACACGCCCAAGGAGAACGGAGACGGCUCUGGUUCCAAGCAGAGCACCGCGGGGGUUCUGGUGUCCUGAUCGUUUCCCUGUCGUUGCUCCAGUUCAGCCCCCACCUCACACCUGAGAGCUCCACACUGCAGACGUUGUGGUACUGUGUGUCACAGCGGGCGUGACGCCAGGGUCACCACGCGUGAGGGUUGCGAUGAUUGCGUGCUUCAGGUUACUCUUGUUGUCGUUGGUAAAUAAAGUAUGCUUGUUGUACCGGU